GGGAAAACGGGUUCAUCGCCGUCUCUCCGUCUAGGUUCCUCUUGUCAGCUGCCGAGUAAACCAACCGCUUCAGGGAUCGCCUCGCCCUCUCGUCGGCGUCAAUCACGCCUCCGCCCGCUUCUUCUCCCGGAUUCUUUGAUCUAUUCUUUCCGGCGAUGGAGUCGGCGGCUAAGCCGAGCUCGGUGCAGAAUCUUCUCCUCCGCGCUCUCCUCUUUGUCGUCUCCAUAUUCCUCUUGCGGUUCGUCUACGUGGUCACCCUCCGCGGAGGCUCCUGCGGUGGUGGCGAUUACUGUUUUUUCACCAAUCUUGCUGAAGUUGCGACGCCCGCUUCCUCUGCUGCAACUGCCUCCAAUCCCUCGUAUCGCGCUCUCUGGACUACCCUAGAAUGGAGGAAGGCCGUCGGAUACUACUCCUCCGUGUUCCAGGAUCUCAUCGCUGAGGGAUUCCUCUCCUCGGCAUCGGAAUCCCUCUGCGUGGAUACUGCCGCAGGUUACGAGGUCCUUGCCCUUAAGGAGAUCGGAGUCCCCGACGCCGUUGGCGUUGCGAAGAAGAGUGCGCCACCAUUGGUGGUGGGUGGUGGCGAGCCUCUCCGACUUCCUUUCAAGAAUGGAAGCUUUGACUUCGUUUACGCUGGCCAAAGUCUCGACCGGAGUAAACAGCCUGCAUAUCUAGCGGCGGAGAUUACAAGGACGCUGAGACCACAUUGGUUCCUCGCGGUGCUCACCACCUCCGCUCGUGAUGCCUACAGCCUGAACUCGCUUACUGAGCUCUUUCCGGGCUGCAUUAUUGUGUUGUCUCGCGAAAUCAAUGGCAUGAAUUCACCAGAGCCUCUCCAAGAGAUUGUAUUUCAGAAGCUAGAAAGUGCAGAGAUUGUUAGGCCUAAAAAGGGUUCUAGUAAUCAUUGCCCUCUGCCUGAGCACAAACUCCAAAUUAUACGAUCUGCAGAGCCUCUCAUCAAGAAAGAGCCACUUAAGCCAUGGAUUUCCCUCAAGAGGAAUAUCCAAAACGUCAAAUACCUAUCUUCAAUUGCUGAUAUAAACUUCAAGCAGAGAUAUGUCUAUGUUGAUGUUGGAGCACGGAGCUAUGGGUCAAGCAUUGGCAGCUGGUUCAGGAAACAGUACCCAAAGCAGAAUCAUACCUUUGAAAUUUAUGCAAUUGAAGCAGAUAGGGCAUUUCAUGGUGAAUACAGGACCAAGAAAGGAGUCAAUUUGUUGCCUUUUGCAGCAUGGGUGCGUAACGAGACACUAACUUUUGAGAUCAAUCAUGAUCCUGAUAACCAUGAUGUGGAGAAAGGCCAAGGAAUGGGCCGGAUCAGGCCAAUUGGGGACUCCAAUGACAAAGUUUUAUCAGGCAAUGUGCAUGCCAUUCAGGGGUUUGAUUUUACUGCAUGGCUUAAGCAGACAGUGACUGAGAAGGACUAUGUAGUGAUGAAGAUGGAUGUUGAGGGAACUGAGUUUGAUCUUGUUCCACGGCUCCUCAAGACAGGGACAAUUUGCUUGAUUGAUGAGCUUUUUCUCGAGUGCCAUUAUAACCGAUGGCAGAAGUGCUGCCCUGGACAAAGGAGUCCCAAAUACAAGUACACAUAUGGGGACUGUCUAAAAUUGUUCACUUCACUUAGGAAUAGUGGCGUUCUUGUUCACCAGUGGUGGUAAUACAUAAACAAAUUUUUAUGAUUGGAUAGGAUAAUAGCAAUAAAAUGUGUAGCUAUGAGCGAUCAUAGUUGAUUUUGCCAUUUUGUAUACGAGGAGACUAUUCUUUUCUGUUCUUAUCUUAUUUCUUUUUUGCAUUAAGAAGUGUCUUGAUUUUACUUGUUGAUGCUUCUUUUUAUUUGUGGUCGUCUAACUUUCAGUUUAUUUAAUAUUUUAACUCAAGUAGGUAAUUAGAUCUGUGUAUUUUGGCUGUAGUAGUUUCCUUUUCUCUUGACAAAAUCAAACAUGUGUGCUUGGUUGUUUUCAGCUCAGCCCAGUUAUAUUUGAUUAAUAUCUGCAUCAAAGUUUAUCCAAAAGAAUGAUUGCAAGAGACUGAAAAUAGAAAUUAACCGUCCAACUUCACAUCCUGGCCGGCCACUACUGCCCUCAUAUGCCUUCACAUAUGCUCUCAAGUUUUGGUUGCCAUUUUCCGACCCUACUGCACCGACGACGAU